GAGAUAACUCUUGAAAAAAGAAAAAAUAUUUCUAGGGUUCUUGAGAGGGCAAGAUCGAAUCGAUCGAUUCGAUCGAUCCAUCCUAUCCAAUGACGAGGUAUCUCAGUAUGCGCGGCUACGACCGGCUCAUGAGCUUCAAGAGCCUCGUCCAAAGCGGCAGCUCCAAGGAUCUCCCGGAGGCGCAAGAGCGCGUGCUGGAGCUCUAUCGCCGAUCGGUUCGAUCAGUGCCCUUCAUCGUGGAGUGCUUCAACAUCGAGGGCGUGGCGACGCCCGCGCAGCUGCGCUCCAGGAUCAUGAAGGAAUUCCGGAAGAAGACGGAUAUUACCAAUCCCAGGGCUCUAGAUCUUCUCGUUGUCAAGGGGCUGGAGGAAUUGAUGAUGUUUCUCACGCAAACCAAGCAGCGACAUCAUCUCAUCGCGCAGUAUGUCCAGGAGGAAUCCUUCGACCCGCGGAAGCUGGGAAUCAUCGACCGGGGUGAGUCGGAGUUCUUGAAGAAGUUCUUAGAAGGCAACGCUUGAGAGGGAGCAAAGCUCUACCGCCAAGAACACAAAAGUGCCAGGAAAUAAGUUUUUCCUCACCAUCUUCUUGUUGUCUGCCUGUAAUCUUCUCUUCUCUUCUCUUCUUCGCGCUGUUCCAGAGAAUCAAAGCUCUUGUAAACGUUUUGGGGGCUUCUUCGAUUUGGAAGGUUGGUUUCUACGUUUGCGCACUAACAUCGAGAGGAUUUGCUCA